AUGGCGACGGAAAUUGCACAACGGAUGCGAUAUGUGAAGCAGGCAGUUGAUGCUUUACCAAUUCGUUCAUAUAAUCCUCCCGAUGUAGCAACUCAACAAUAUGGUUUUAUGAAAUUUGAUGAAAAUGAACUUGAUUCUAAUACACGUCUUUCACAAUAUAUACGAUUAAAUCUCGAUACAAAUGCUGAAACAGUUGUUAAGUUUAUGCAACAGGGUUGGCGUUUACCAACACCUGAUUUGAUUAUUUCAAUAACUGGUGGUGCUAAACAUUGUGAUAUGUCAGCACGUCUUCGAAAAAUUUUUCAACGUGGUUUAGUUGCUGCUGCUGUUACAACAAAUGCAUGGUUAAUUACAGCUGGAACAAAUACAGGUGUUGUUAAAGAAGUUGGUGAAGCACUUAAUAAUUAUCGUUAUAAAAAUCGAAAACAUGGACUUGAUGUACCUUGUAUAGGUAUUGGUAGUUGGGGUUAUACAGCAGGAAAUGAACAACUUGAUGAUCAACCUAAUUCAAAUUCUAUGAAUAUGAAUAGUAUUAAAUCAACACGUUCGUUUACGAGACAGACUCAAAAUCAAACUUUACAUGCUGUUCGUAUGGAUAUAGCUGAUGAAUAUUGUGUUAAAAAUUAUGUUGUAAAAGAGAAAAAAAAGAAACAAUGUGAUUUAGAACCAAAUCAUACACAUUUUUUAUUAUUUGAUGAUGGCCAAAUAAGUGCUGAUACUGUUCUUCCAUUACGAGCAGAAAUUGAAAAGUAUUCUCGAAAAAUUAAUACAGAUACUAAAACAGAGAAAACAGAAGAAGCAGCAGCAGCAGAAACACUUCUACCAAUAGUUAUGGUUUUAGUUGAAGGUGGUCCAUCAUCAAUUAAAACAAUUUGUCAAGCAUUAGAAUCAAACACUCCAGUUGUAGUUAUCAAAGAUUCAGGUCGUGCUGCUGAUCUUGUUGCUGACUUACAUGCUUGCUAUUAUGAUGCUGAAAAUACUACUGGUGGAUUUCCCGCACGACCAAAAACAGGUCAUGUUAAAGGAGAAUCUCGAGAAUCAGAAAUCAAUGCAAUUUUGACAAAAGCUCAAGCUGAAAAUGAUUGGGUUAAAGAUAUUAAAAGUGAAUUAUGUAAAGCAUUAGAUAAUCACAAACAAUUCGUAACUAUCUUCAGAUUUGAUAGUAAACGACAUAAUGGUAAUCUUGAAGAUGCUAUUCUUGAAGCUUUAUUCAAUGCUGCAAAAUUUUCCGGUGAUGAUAAUGACAAACAUCGACGUAUAGCGGAACUUAAAUUAGCUAUGGCGUGGCAUAAAUUUGAUUAUGCUCAAAAACAUCUUCUUACUGAUAAGACUAUAUCAAAAUGGAAAGAAGAUGAUCUUCGACGCGCUAUUGUUGAUGCACUUCGUCGUGGACAUGUUGAUUUCGUUGAAUUACUUAUUGAAUUUGGUACACCACUCGAAAAACUAACAGCUGGAGAUCUUGAGUAUCUAUAUAGCAGACAAAUUACUGGUGAUCAAUUACCACUUAAAUACAAAGGAAAAUCAACUACAUCGAUAAAAGAUAAAUUUUAUUUUGAUUAUUUUCGAAAUAUAGGUCAUGUGAAUAUGAAUAACAAUAUAACAUCACUAGACGAGACCCGACCAUUGGGUGAAGAUGCACCACGUGAUUUAUUUUUAUGGGCAGUUUUUCUUAAUCGAUUUGAACUUGCUACUUAUCUUUGUUCAAAAACUUGGAAUUCAGUAGUAGCUCCAUUAUUUGGUGCACAAAUAUAUCGACGAGCAGCACGAUUAACACUUGAUUCUGACACAAAACAAGAAUAUGAAGAUAAUGCAACUCAAUUUGAUAUUCAUGCAACAUCAAUUAUUGAUCGAUGUUUUGAGAAUGAUGAAAAUUUUGCUGUUGAUCUAUUAAAACGUCCUACUGCUUCAUUCUAUGAUGCUGAUCCAUUACCAUUAGCAUUAAAAAGUAAUUGUAGAUCAUUUUUGGCAUCAAAAUGUGUUCAAAGAUAUCUUGAUAAUGAAUGGUUUGGGUAUAUUAAUUACAAACGAAAAGCUAUUAAUUUUCGAAUAUUUCUGUGUACAUUAUUUUUUCCUUUACUUCCAAUAUUUUGUUUUUUUCUCCCGUACAUGGCUCGAAGCGCUCGAGAUCAUUCAAAAGUUAGUCAACCAACUAUGAUUCAUAAUGUUAUUGAACCUGAAAAACGUAAAAGAGUAACAUGUUCUCCAAAAUUAGAAAAAUUAUCAUAUUUUUAUCAUGCACCUAUAGUACGAUUUUAUUAUUAUAUGAUAUUUUUUGUUUCAUUUCUUGGUCUAUUCAGUUAUGUUCUUCUUGUUGAUUAUUUUCCAUUUAAUAUAUAUAAUGAACGUCGUUCUGGUAUUCAAAAUCUACAUAUACCAAUAACAGAAAUCAUUCUUCAUGUUUGUGUAUGGUGUUUAAUUAUAGAAGAAAUUCGUCAAUUUUUAUUUAUGGAAUCUAAGAGAGAAUAUAUAUCAGAAGUAUGGAAUUGGAUUGAUAUACUGGCAAUAUGUUUAUAUCUUGUGGGUUUUAUUACACGAUUUUUUGUUGUUGAGUCAGUAUUUGCAGUAUCCAAAAUAUUUUUAUGUCUUGAUUUAAUACUUUGGUAUAUACGUACAUUACAUUUAUUUGCUGCUUAUGAAAAACUUGGACCGAAAUUAAUUAUGAUUUUUAAUACAAUGCGAGAUUUGCUGUUUUUUAUUUGCUUUAUUUUUAUAUUUUUACUUGGAUUUUCAAUAGCAUCAUGGUCAUUACUUGCUACAGAUAAUCAAGUUACUUGGUCAUAUAAUAGCGAUGGAUCAUUAUUUAAUGUAACAUCAGCAGGUGAUGCAAGUGGUCUCUGGUCAUGGGAAUUAUUACGCGAUGUUACAAAUUAUGGUGUUUGGAAAGUUUUUUGGGCAAAUGGUACCGAUGCCUAUUCUGCAGUAGCUUUUGUUUUAGCUAUUUUAUUUGUUGCUAUUGCCAAUGUACUUCUUCUGAAUGUACUGGUUGCCUUAUUUAAUGUAACAAUUCAAAAUGUAGAAAAUCAAUCUCAUCAAAUAUGGCGAUAUCAACGUUUUUUACUUGUUUUUGAAUAUAGUGAUAAACCACCACUCCCACCACCGUUCAAUCCUAUAUAUUAUCUAUUCAGUUUUGUUCGAUAUUUAAUUAGAAAAUUGAAAUCUCUACGUCAGCGACGACGAAAUGUCACUUGUGAGCCUACACCAAUGGAACUAACUACCAUAAAUGGAGAUCGUAUUCAUAAAGCAUUUAAAAUCACUGAUGCCAUGCAACGAGAAAGUGCAAUAGCUGAUGACUAUUGGAGAUAUGCCUUAAAAAAUGGAAGAAAAGAUCAAGUUGAAGUUGCAUUACAAAAUAUUGAACGAAAACUUCAUGAUUUGAAAGAACGCAUACAAAACAAUACUACUAAUCAGUUAUUAAAUAAUGAUAUAUAA